UCACAUCGAGAGUGGAAAGAGUUGUGUAAAGAGCACACAAAGCGUUCGUAAUCUAGUUAUUAAACAUAUAUUUCUUAAGUGCUCUGACAUUGAAUUCAUUGAUUUGUUGCGAAAAUUAUUGGCGAAAAAGUUUUGUUUUUGUGCUUUUAUUUUUUUGUCAACUAUUUAUUAGCGUAUAUUAUGUACUCAUCUGGCAGUUGGUGGCGAAACCCAUCGCCUUCUUGUACACCAAAUGAGUUAAUAGACAUCAUAACAAAACCAAACGGCGGCUAUUAUGUGGUGCCCACCGAACCUUUCAACGAAGUCUUUCCUCGACUUUAUAUCAGCGAUGGAACGACAGCACUCUGUCUGUCACUUCUUCGGCGAAUGGGAAUAACUCAUGUCCUAAACGCCAGUUGGGGUAAAGACAAGUCGUUUUGUUUGGUCAACACAUCUCAAGAGUUUUACAAGAGCUCUGACAUUGAUUUCCUGGGCGUCGAAGCACUCGAUAUAUCGAUAUAUCCUUUAUAUAAACACUUUGGAAAAUCGGCUGAAUUUAUACACGAAGGUCUGAUUGGCGGCGGAAAAGUGUUGGUCCACUGCGGGGAAGGCAUUAGCCGAUCGGCCACUCUUGUGUUGGCGUAUCUGAUGAUCAAAUGUGGUUAUACCGCUCAGGAGGCAGUGGCACACGUCCGCACACAUCGAUCCAUAUUUCCCAACAUUGGUUUUCUGCGACAAUUGUGUGAACUUAACGAUCAACUGAACCACAAAAAGUCC